AUAGGGGUAUUGAACUCAGCGUCCCUUCAAAAGCUUGACCUAUCAGCGCCACCCACGUGUAGUACAAUCAACGUGCCGGCACCGGCUUCCCUUCCAUAGCUCCACCAGGAAAAACCACCUCACCGCGUCAAAAAUACCUUCUCUCUCUCUCUCUCUCUCUCUCUCUCCUCUUUCUCUCCCUCCCUCCCCAAAAAUCUCCUGGUGCGUAGCUGCCCUUUUCGCCCCAAUUCUCAAUUCGCAUCGAGGUCCUUGAAGAUCCCUGUACCCAAACACCAACUUUCCUUCUACGUCCUCGAAAUUCGCGUCGGGAUUUUCUCGGGAAAGUAAGGGCUAGGGUUUGGGAGGGAAACAACAAGAUGAGCUUUCGGGAUCUGGAAGCGGGUCGGGGCUCCAAUUAUUCCCGGCGAGGAGACCUCGGCACUGGAAAGCAGGAUCCCACCCAAGCUGUGGCCUCCGGCAUUUUCCAGAUCAACACCGCCGUAUCCACCUUCCAGAGGCUCGUCAACACCAUCGGCACCCCCAAAGACACGCCGGAGCUCCGCGAAAAGCUGCACAAGACGAGACUACAUAUUGGGCAAUUGGUGAAGGAUACUUCAGAAAAACUUAAACAAGUCAGCGAAAGAGAUCAUCAUACUGAAGUUAAUGCAAGCAAGAAGAUUACAGAUGCUAAGCUUGCAAAAGAUUUUCAAGCAGUGCUGAAAGAAUUUCAGAAGGCUCAACGACUUGCAGCUGAGAGGGAAACAGCAUAUGCUCCUUUUGUUCCUCAAGCUGUUCUUCCUUCCAGUUACACCGCUAGCGAGAUAGAUGUAAACUCAGAAAAGAGUCCAGAACAGCGUGCUCUUCUUGUGGAAUCUAGAAGACAAGAGGUUGUGCUAUUGGACAACGAGAUUGCCUUCAAUGAGGCUAUCAUUGAGGAAAGAGAACAGGGAAUACAAGAAAUCCAGCAGCAGAUUGGUGAAGUGAAUGAUAUUUUUAAAGAUCUUGCUAUACUGGUUCAUGAGCAAGGAACCAUGAUUGAUGACAUUGGCUCCAAUAUUGAGGGUGCUCAUGCUGCAACUGGGCAGGCGAAGUCCCAACUUGUGAAGGCAUCAAAGACCCAAAGAUCAAAUUCGUCUCUGAGUUGCUUGCUCUUGGUAAUAUUUGGAAUUGUGCUUCUCAUCGUGAUAGUAGUACUUGCAGCUUAAUCAGAAGAUUGUCUAAACUCAAUGACAGCGAACUAAAGAUUGUGAUACGCAUCCCUCUGCUAUUUCUGCGAUGCCUGACUAGAGUUUGCCGUUGUAUUCUAUGUUCGUAUAUAGGGGUGGGUAUCCUUUGCAAUUUCUGGUUGCGGUUGGGUGAGGUGUCUGUUCUGUUCUGUUCUGUAAGUCGGUGUUUGGGGCUUCUGAUGGCGUUCUGUGUGCGUGUGUUGUUUUUUUUUUUCUUUUCUUUUCUUCUUUCUUUAAAUAUUACGGUGUUCGUUUAUACAUAUAUAAGUUCAAAUAAAAGUCAUAAUUCUUUGGGUUUUCACUUA